UUUGUCUUUGAUUUAUUUUAUAUGGGUGAUAUAAUACAGAUACAGCCGUUAUAAUAUUAUUUGAAAAUUGAAAAGGCAUAACUGCUGUUCACACUAGAUUAUGCUCAGCUGGUCAAUGGAGGGUGUGUACAAGGCAGGGAGCCGAGAUCCUAACCUGCUCUACAUCUCCCUGAGGGACAAUGCUGGCUAUGGGCAUGACAAAUCAGCCCCCUCCUCUUUGGUUAUGUCCACUAGCUAGCUGAGCCAAUAAAUAGAUGACUUAAUCUGAUAAACAGGCAGUGCAUCACCUAGGGAAACAGAGUUGCUGCACGGGUGAUUCAACAAUUGGCUUGUUGAGGGGGGAAAAAAGGAAGCCCACUUUGCUUAUUAAAGAUCAGCGAUGGAAGUGAACCAUAAUCCUGUAAUGAGUAGAGCAGAGAGUGGCCUCUUUUCCUUGGGCACAGACAAGCCCGUGCUUGCAUGUUUCACAGGAAUAGAUUGUUGGAACCAGUAGCCUUUCUGUAAUGACCCCUCUUGUUAGCUUCAGAAAUUCAUAGCUCUUCAUUAGAGAUACAAACUGGUGGCUGUGUUCACCAAUGCAAUGGGCCUUUAUUGGUCUUCUCUUUAGCUUCCACACCACACUGCAGUGUAACUAAACCAGAAGUUACUCAGUGAAGUAGAAAUGAUCAACUGAGGCAGUUAGUGAUAUUGUAAUGGGCUCCUUGAUAGUGAGUGGUGUUUCUUAUCAUCUAUGAGAACCAUCUGGUAAUAAUAAUGCGAUUAAACGGAAGUGUAAAAGUUGCCACAGUGUUGAAUCGAUGCCUUUCGGACAGAGGAGACCCUUCACAAUGACACACCGUGGCUCUGGUGAACAGUGAAGUGGAAAGUUUGAAAUUCAGGACAAUUUACAAAGGCCUCACAAUCAUAGAGAGGACUGCGAGGAAAUGUAUAUCAAACCACUCCCUUUGAACAGCGGUAGUGUUAACUUGGUAAUAACCUUGUUAGUAAGUUAAGCUGGGAGCCAUGCUGCAGCUGCUCUCUUUGCACUGGGGACUGAGCCACUGCAACUUGCGGCUAUCCUAACAUUUACUUCCAUCUUCUCAAUCAGGACUGAUUUAUUUUACUGCGCCGGGGGGCUUCGUUUAUUUUCGAAGUGGUCUGAUUAACAAUCAUUUCUAUUUUAGAGUUGUUUUAUUCUCUAUCUGCUGUCGAUAUUCUCAAACUCACUGUCAGUUAUCUCAGAGACCUGCACCCUCUUGAGAUCAAAUUUAUUCUGUCUUUAAAUAUAUUUUCCGAGUAAUUAGAUUUUACCACUCGGACUUAAUGUUUCUCCCAUCUCCUUCUUACACUUGCUUUCUCAAACGGACAAAAAUUAAAUUAACUAAACUGCAUAAUGGUAAUUUCAACUCAAAACUCCGAGUCCUACUUUGUGUCUCUCUGGCAGUGAGCUGUGUUUGCCACAGCAGCCCCUGUUACCGGUGCGCCGGUUCAUAACUUUAGUGCAUAAAAUAUUUACCAGGACUGGGACUCAUAAACACAUCUUCAGUGGGACGCCAUGAUUUCACGCUAUAUCACAAACAUUUUAAGGCAUCAGAUGCACCGCCUGUCAUGGACUGUCAUUUUUGGCGUGUUAAUAAUAUAUCUUGGUUUCUUCGGCAGACAUACUUUGGCACUCAUGGCACAUAAAUAGGUAAAUAACGUGGAUAAAGGUAAAUAACGCCGCUGUCGUCACAGCUGACAGCAGAAAACAAUUUUCAUAACUAUGAUAUAUCUUUUUUUCUAUUUUUUGGGGUUAUUUUUUUUGUUUAUUUCAUAUACUGCUAAAAAAGAGUCUGUCUCCAUAUGUUUUAUUCAAAUAUAGGCCCAUGUCACACUACAAACAAAUCACUUUGCUCAUAGCGCUCUUCUGAUCGUCCUAAUUAAGAGCUGUCUAAUUAAAUUACAGCCCUGGGUUAACCAAUCGCAGUACUUGUUUCAUUAGCAAAGCAGCGAGAGUGAUGGAAAGAAAAUCCUUCCUGAUUGCAGGAUGGUGUCAAUUGGCUAAUUUGCUGCCUUCCGUACCUCAAGUCAUCGUAAGGCGUUUCGUAGUGUUAGAUUAGGAAAGGCGUGUGCAAAAGCUUGUGAUAUAGGUUGAGCUAAUAGUAGCUUCCUAUUGAGCUAUGCAGGUCGAGAAUUGCAUCUCGCCGGCGAGUGAUCUCUCCAAGAAAUUUAUGAAUGUGGGCAGUGGCUUUUCGAGCUCCAAUGGAUCAGAGCUUUCGUUGCAGGACCAUCCUAUUAUAUCUGCAAGUGACAACCUGGAGAGAAGUUCACCUCUGAAAAAAAACUCCAGGGAGAUGACGAAUCAGUCAGAGGCAGACAAUUUUCCCGACUCCAAGGACGCAUCAGGGGACGUCCAGAGGGGCAAACUCUCUCCUGAUCUUCACGGAGUCUCUGACAUCCGUCAUAAUUUCGAUGGAUCUGCAGGAGAAAGGUGCAUCUUUUCUCCAUCUACCCAGCCGCAGUCAGUCUCAGCAGCUCCCAGUGCCAUGUUCCCUUACCCGAGCCAGCAUGGACCAGCGCACCCGGCUUUUUCUAUCGGAAGUCCCAGCCGAUACAUGGCACAUCAUCCGGUCAUAACCAAUGGAGCUUACAACAGCCUUUUAACCAACACUUCUCCUCAAGGCUACCCGACAGCGGGUUACCCUUACGCGCAACAGUAUGGACACACAUACCAAGGAGGUGCUUUUUACCAGUUCUCCUCAGCGCAAGCAGGACUGGUUCCGGGGAAAGCGCAGGUGUAUCUGUGCAACAGGGCCCUGUGGCUGAAGUUUCACAGACACCAAACAGAGAUGAUCAUCACAAAGCAAGGACGACGAAUGUUUCCAUUUUUAAGCUUCAACAUUUCUGGCCUUGACCCAACUGCCCACUACAAUAUAUUUGUGGAUGUAAUACUCGCCGAUCCAAAUCACUGGCGAUUUCAAGGAGGAAAGUGGGUGCCUUGCGGAAAAGCAGACACGAAUGUCAUAGGCAAUAGGGUUUACAUGCACCCGGAUUCGCCAAAUACCGGUGCGCACUGGAUGCGUCAAGAAAUAUCAUUUGGAAAGCUUAAGCUCACAAACAACAAAGGUGCCUCCAACAACACGGGGCAGAUGGUGGUUCUCCAGUCUCUCCACAAGUACCAGCCCAGGCUCCAUGUGGUGGAAGUAAACGAGGAUGGGACAGAAGACACCAGCCAGCCAGGAAGAGUCCAGACUUUCACCUUCUCAGAAACGCAAUUCAUCGCUGUCACAGCUUACCAGAAUACCGAUAUUACGCAACUGAAAAUUGACCACAAUCCAUUCGCUAAAGGAUUUCGGGACAACUAUGACACUGUCUACACAGGCUGCGACAUUGACCGCCUAACUCCAUCACCGGGUGACUCUCCGCGUUCACAGAUCGUGCCGGGUGCGAGAUAUGCCAUGCCUAGCUCUUUCCUGCAGGACCAAUUUGUCAGCACUUAUGCCAAAUCUCGCUUUCACCCUGGCGUGGGGACUGGGCCUGGCACGGAGCGCAGCGUCCCACUCGGCAACAGCUUGCUAUCCCCGCAGCAAACCGAGGAGCCCAGUGUUGCCACCCCCCCGCAGCGAUGGUUUGUCACCCCUGCCAACAACCGACUGGACUUUGCUGCCUCGGCAUACGACGCCGCUGAUUUUGCCGGUAACGCGGCCACCUUACUGUCCUACGCAGCGGCCGGAGUGAAGGCUCUUCCCCUGCCGACUGCAGGCUGCUCCAACCGGCCUCUUGGCUAUUACGCAGACCCGUCUGGCUGGGGAGGACGCACGCCGCCGCAGUAUUGUGGUGUAAAUAGUAAAUCCAGCUCGGUCUUUUCCUGCUGGCCCACUAACACCAUCGGUGGCAGAACAGGCACCAGCUACCUGUCCGAGGAGGGAGACUCCAUCACCACAGAGAGAUCACCCAUCGGCGGCUCGGAGGAGACCAAACCUAAAGACAUGACGUCUGAGUCGAGCUGGAUUGAGACGCCGUCCUCCAUCAAGUCCAUCGAUUCGAGCGAUUCUGGUAUCUUUGAACAGGCCAAGCGGAGAAGGAUCUCACCUUCUGCAACACCGGUUUCAGAGACAGUGUCCCCGUUAAAGUCUGAGCUGCUGACACCGAGAGAGUGUGAGAAAAACUGCACAAAGGACAUUGGUUAUUACAGUUUCUAUCCUCACAAGGAACAUGGAUACCGCGGAUCAGGGUGCUCAGAUAGAGCCGCUGCUGCCAUCGAGGACACUAAGGGAGAGCUCAUGCAGUCUGAAAACGAACAGGCACCUUGGUUUUUCAAUGAUCAGAGAAAUGACGAUGAAGCGGUGGUGGACAGAGGGGGAACGCGGUCCGAGCAGAGAACCAACUUUGAGCAAGAAGAUCUUGAAGGUCACAGGACUCUCUACAUUGGGGUCCACGUCCCUUUGGGCAGUACCAGACACCGCAGCCAUCGCCGGCACCGCCACCAUGGAAACAAGUACAGCAGGAGGCGAAGCAAGGAGCGAGUCCGCACUUUGGUGGAGGGUAGAGAGUCUCCGAUUUAUGAUACUCCGUCCCAGAGAGUGCAGUUCUUGCUGGGUGCAGAAGAUGAUGAUGAGGAGCACAUUCCUCAUGAUCUCUUCACAGAGAUGGAUGAGAUCUGUGUGAGGGAAGGACAGGAUUCAGAGUGGAGGGAAAGUGCCAGGUGGCUGAAGUUUGAGGAGGAUGUUGAGGAUGGAGGGGAACGAUGGAGCAAGCCCUACGUAGCAACGCUGUCUCUUCACAGUUUGUUUGAGCUGCGCUGUUGCAUUAUCAACAGCACCGUGCUGCUCGAUAUGAGGGCAAGCACCAUUGAAGAGAUUGCAGACAUGGUCUUAGACCACCAGGACUUGUACUCACCACUGGGGGAUGAGCUCAGAAAGAAAGUGCGUGAAACACUACUGAAGCAGCACCAUCACCAGAACCAGAAGAAGCUAGCUAAUCGCCUGCCACUUGUACGAUCCAUCGCCGACAUUGGCCGGAAAACAUCUGAGCUUCAUCUGGAUAAAAAUGGUCAGCUGACCGCCUCCCAGUCUCAGUUAGCAGUUCAAGACGGCAAAGGGGACAUCAGUAGAGAUAACAGCUCUGUGGACUUCAGCAAGAUAGACAUUCAUUUCAUGAAGAAGAUCCCACCGGGAGCGGAAGCCUGUAAUGUGUUAGUUGGCGAGCUGGAAUUCCUGAACAAGCCAGUGGUGGCGUUUGUCCGCCUUUCACCGGCGGUUUUGCUCAACGGACUGGCUGAAGUCCCGAUUGCCACAAGGUUUCUAUUUAUUCUCCUGGGUCCCUUGGGUAGAGGGCCUCAGUAUCAUGAGAUUGGGAGAUCUAUUGCAACACUGAUGACAGAUGAGGUUUUCCAUGAUGUUGCCUAUAAAGCUAAAGAUCGAAAUGAUAUAAUUGCUGGUAUCGAUGAAUUCCUUGAUCAAGUGACAGUCCUGCCUCCUGGGGAAUGGGACCCAUCCAUACGGAUAGAGCCACCCAAAAAUGUACCUUCUCAGGAGAAAAGAAAGAAAAGUAACAUUUUACCAAAUGGAUUAGUAGAGGGGGAUGAAGAAGAAGAGCACGAUGCUCAUGGCAGUCCAGAACUGCAGCGUACCGGGAGGUGGUUUGGCGGUCUCAUUUUAGACAUCAAACGCAAGGCCCCUCACUACCUGUCUGACUACACUGAUGCUUUUAGCUUACAGUGUGUCGCCUCUUUCUUAUUCCUCUACUGUGCCUGCAUGUCCCCUGUCAUCACCUUUGGAGGACUACUGGGCGAGGCAACAGAAGGACGCAUAAGUGCAAUUGAGUCACUGUUUGGAGCCUCACUGACUGGAAUUGCCUAUUCCCUGUUUGCCGGGCAGCCCCUUACCAUUCUGGGGAGCACGGGGCCUGUGCUUGUUUUUGAAAAGAUAUUGUUCAAAUUCUGCAAGGAGUAUGGCUUGUCCUAUCUGUCACUGAGGACCUGUAUCGGCCUGUGGACAGCUUUCCUCUGUAUUCUGCUGGUGGCCACAGAUGCCAGUUCCCUCGUUUGUUACAUCACACGUUUUACAGAGGAAGCCUUUGCCUCACUCAUCUGCAUCAUUUUCAUCUACGAGGCCUUGGAGAAACUCAUCCACCUGGGGAAACACUAUCCCUUUAACAAGAACAACAACCUGGACAAACUCACCUUGUACUCAUGUUCAUGCGUUGAGCCUUCUGACCCCACCAAUGGCACCCUGAAGUACUGGGAGAUGAACAACAUCACCGCUUCAGAAAUCUAUUGGGAAGCACUGGAGGUCAAGGGCUGUAUUGAAAAUCGUGGGGAGUUUGUGGGCAGCGCCUGUGGACCUCAAGGACCCUACGUUCCUGACGUUCUCUUCUGGUGUGUCAUUCUCUUCUUUUCCACGGUCUUCAUGUCAGCUUUCCUCAAGGAGUUCAAGUUCAGCAAUUACUUUCCCACCAAGGUCAGGUCCGUUAUCAGUGACUUUGCUGUUUUCAUUACUAUCCUAACCAUGGUCUUGGUUGACUAUGCGUUAGGGGUCCCCUCUCCAAAACUGAAAGUUCCCAGUGUGUUUAAGCCGACAAGAGAUGAUAGAGGUUGGUUCAUCACCCCAUUGGGGCCUAACCCCUGGUGGACAGCAGUCAUAACGGUGGUGCCAGCUAUGCUUUGCACCAUCCUUAUCUUCAUGGACCAGCAGAUCACAGCUGUCAUAAUCAACAGAAAGGAACACAAACUCAAGAAAGGCUGUGGAUAUCAUCUAGAUCUGUUCAUGGUUGGGGUUAUGCUAGGUGUUUGCUCUUUGAUGGGGUUGCCAUGGUUUGUAGCAGCCACCGUCCUCUCCAUCACCCAUGUCAACAGUCUGAAACUUGAAUCAGAGUGCUCAGCUCCCGGGGAGCAGCCCAAGUUCCUUGGUAUCAGAGAGCAACGCUUUACUGGGCUCAUGAUCUUUGCUCUUAUGGGGUGCUCGGUCUUCAUGACAUCAGUGCUCAAGUUCAUACCCAUGCCUGUGUUGUAUGGAGUAUUCCUUUAUAUGGGGGCAUCCUCUCUCAGAGGCAUUCAGCUUUUUGACCGUCUCAGAUUGUUCGGUAUGCCAGCCAAGCACCAGCCAGAUUUCAUCUACCUACGACAUGUACCCCUGAGGAAGGUGCACCUCUUCACCAUCAUCCAGCUCAGCUGUUUGGUUCUUCUGUGGAUCAUCAAGACAUCCAGGGCUGCCAUUGUGUUUCCUAUGAUGGUGUUGGCUUUGGUGUUUAUCAGGAAAUUGAUGGACUGUAUCUUCACCAAGAGAGAGCUAAGCUGGUUGGAUGACCUCAUGCCAGAAAGCAAGAAGAAGAAACUAGAGGAUGCUGAAGAGGACGAGGAGCAGAGUAUAUUGGCAGAAGAUGACAGAGUAGAGCAAGUGCCAUUAGAAGGGUAUAAAGGAAUACCCAUCAUCAACAUCACAGAUGAAAUGUCCAAAGGUUCUUUUGGAAAUACUUGGAAUGCCAGUGGUUGAGAUACUUCAGAAAGACAACAGUAUGUUACAUCACUCUCAGCAUUUCUCCACAAGUAGAAAUAAAAGCUGGAGAAGAUGAAAGUCAGUGUGGACAGCAUCCUGAGUCUUUGUCAUUGUUCCGUCUGUGUUUUCAAACAAAUCUACAUUGUGUGUUAAUAUCAUCGAUCCUUCAAGUUUAGUUUUGCAAAGCUCUAUAAGUAAACAACUGCUUUAUCUGAUGUUUCCCAGUUAUUAUGAACUAAUAGAACCUGCUAUCUAAUUUUCUCUUGUUGUUAACGUCUAACUCUAUAUACUGUUUGGAUUUACUGAAUGUAAA